GCGCUGGAGGGAGAGGGGGGCGGGGGUGGGGGGCGGCCACCCAGCCCGGACCUCCCCCCACCAGGCCAGCCCAGGUCCUUUCCCCGCCCCUCAAAGGCUGCGAGCGACGGCGGGUUCCGGGUCCUGUGACCGAUCAGGCGGUGUCGUGGGGCGCGGGCACGGCCUCGAGGAAGUUUCCAAGGCCGGCGGGGGUCCGGCGGGGGCCCGAGCUCGCCCGAGAGCAGCUGGCGGGCUGGAGCGGGGCUGGAGGCGCUCAUGGCGGGCGGCGGGGCCGGGGACCUGGGACUGGUGGUGGCCGCCACUGCGGUGCCGGAGACCCGCGAGCACCUCUUCAAGGUGCUGGUCAUCGGGGAACUCGGAGUGGGCAAGACCAGCAUCAUCAAGCGCUACGUUCACCAGCUCUUCUCCCAGCACUACCGGGCCACCAUCGGGGUGGACUUCGCACUCAAAGUCCUUAACUGGGACAGCAGGACGCUGGUGCGCCUGCAACUAUGGGACAUCGCGGGGCAGGAGCGGUUUGGCAACAUGACUCGAGUCUACUAUAAAGAAGCUGUUGGUGCUUUUGUAGUCUUUGAUAUAUCGAGAGGUUCCACCUUUGAGGCCGUCUUAAAAUGGAAAAAUGAUCUGGAUAGUAAAGUCCAUCUUCCAAGUGGCGGCCCUAUUCCUGCUGUUCUCUUAGCUAAUAAAUGUGACCAGAAGAAGGAUGGUGGGCAGAACCCUUCCCAGAUGGAUCAGUUCUGCAAAGAGCAUGGCUUCACUGGAUGGUUUGAAACCUCUGCAAAGGAUAACAUAAACAUAGAUGAAGCUGCCCGGUUUCUGGUGGAGAACAUUCUUACGAACCAGCAAAGCUUUCCUAAUGAAGAAAACGAUGUGGACAGAAUCAAACUGGAGCAGGAGGCCUUGCCCGCCGAGAGCAAGUCCCAGUGCUGCUGACGGGCUCCGGCUCCUCUCCUCCCGCUGGCUGGCGAGAGGCAGCCUGACUUGAUUUCUCCAUUUGGAGCAGAUUCCUGAGAACGCAGCAAGGUGGUGGGUGUGCUGCUCUGUGACCCUCCCCAGGGCUGUGCUUUCGAGAGACAGCGAGGGGGCCCGGGAGCCUAAGCUGAAAUGGGGUGGGGGAGUUUCAGUCCCCACAGUGGCUGUGCGCCUCGGAGACGGCACUUAGGCUUCUGUCACUGUUGUUGCUGCGUCAUGUUCAGGAUAAUGUUUACAUCCUUCUUAACGCCUUCUCAAAUGACAGUGCUCAGGAUUUGGUCAGAGUUCCAAAUUGUGUAUCUUAGUGUAAGCACUGGGGUGGUAAUAAAACUUUCCCUGCCGUUUACAGUAA